AUGGGUCUACAAUAUAUAUGUAUUACAUACAAAGGAUCUUAUUCAGUAUUUUAUCUAAUUACAGUGACUAGCAGUUGGUUAGCUGCAUGUGAUGAAUUAACAUCAGUUGAAUUUUUUAAAGAAGUAAAAAAAUAUGAAGCUACAUUCAAAAAAGCUGAUCAUUAUGUUGAAUCAAUUGAAUCAAUAUUAGUUGAAACCGAUGAUGAUGAAGAAUCUGAUCCUGAUUUAGAUGGAGAUGAUAAUAGUAAAAAUAGUGACUAUGAACAGCGGCGUAACCAGGAUUUUUAG